CUCGUUCUCCCGGCCGCCAUUACUGUCUCGUUCAGCGCCGCCAUGCGUUUAGGAGUGACACCGACAAGUACCCGAGCUCUCUACAUGUGGCCGGGACACUUUUAAAGCCGUCGCCGCUGCUUGUACACUUUGUACGCGUUCGGUUUGGACGCGCGGGUCGGUGUUUGGGUUGUUCCAGCGGCUCGUAUGCUAGUUGUAGAGAAGAAGCGACACCGCGGUGUAACACACACACAGGCUAGCUGACUGGCUAAGCCUCUAGGCUAAAGACUUUCCUGAGACUGGCAGUAGUGGAAGCACUGAGCUAAAGAUGCCUACAUGUCCCAGAAAUGGUGUGCAGAGCGUAGAGGAUGUGUCUGAGGAUGAGGAAAGCCAGCUCUGCCCUAUCUGCCUGAACCCCCCCAGGCCUGUAGAGCGCGCUGUACCUGAUGCCUGCAACCAUGUCUACUGUCUCAGCUGCAUCCUGCGUUGGGCUCAGAUGCUGCAGAUCUGUCCAGUGGACCGCAGACCUUUCAGCUCAAUUUGUACACAGGACCCUUUCCUGGGAUACGUUGAGGUUCCUGUAAAACCUUCCAGUACGUUGAACACUUGUGUAUGCAACUCUAAAGAUGAUGAAGCACGUAAAAGCUUUUCAGAGGAGGGGAAAACCAAAAAGGAUGGAAAGGAGGAGAAAAGAGCCAGUGCUGAGUUGACAUGUAAAAUAUGUGACAUUGGUUCCUCUGCACUAAAAAAGGUUGAAGGGGAAACGUGCCGCUCACAGCUGCUCACCCAGCACAGCGAGCAUGGACGCUCGGCCCAGCAGGGGGAGACACUCGGCAUACUCACCCAAGUCAUUACAGAGACUACGAUGAUUCUUGAAGAUGAGAUGGUGAAUGAGGAAUGGACCAUGUGCUGUAGAAAUACAACCGAACACCAGUGGACGCAAGUUUCUAUACCACCUUCCUCUAUCCCAAGGGUUCUGUCCAGGCACUGCCCCCGCGCUCUUCUCCAUCAGCCUGUAAUGAGUUUCUCUCCAUGUUUACUGGGGUCUGGUUUCCCUGUUCUUUAUGGAAAGGUUUGUGCAGUCACAUGUCCCAAAGGCGAAGGGAGAAACGGCAAAAGAGGAUCCGGCUCGAAGAGCUCCGUCAAACAGGCUGAGAAUCAUACGAGACGCUCAUCUCGAAAGACCAAAAGUUCGAAUGAAGGUACUUUAACCGGACAGUCCCCCCAGUCUGAGUCCGGCUCCUCUUCUCCUGCUGGCAGUGCUUCAAACGACAUGCCUGCUUCUACGAGUAAACAAAAGCUUGCCAGCAAACAGAAGCCUACCACAAAGAGGAAAGGAGGCAGGAAGAAAGCGGCUACUCAACUAGCAGCUGUUGAAAAUGAAGAAAACAGCGAGGAGGACGAACAGACGAGUCAAGAGGAACCUGAUAGAGGAGAUAUGGAGGAGUUGAAAUUUUUGGGGACAACGGAGGAGACAGAAGAAGACGAUAGUUCACCAGAGUGUCAGGAAGAUGUAAACGAAGGUUCAGAUUGUUUUGAUCAGGAUGAAGAGGAACAGAAAAGUAACACCGAGUGUCAAGCGGAGACAGAAAAUGUUUUACCUCUCGCUUUAAAACAGUGUAGUGAGGAAGGAGAGGAUGCAGUUAAGCCAAAGGAUAAUCAGACAUCAUCUCAGGAGGAUCAUUCUGCACAGGACCCACCCGAGAGUGAAGCAGCAGCAUGUCUCGAAAGCGAUUACCACCAGUCCUCUGCUCUAUCUGCUGAGCAGAUGAUGCUAGAGGGACCUAGCAACACACCUGAGUCUAUACUGAGCAACAAUAAUUUGACUACUACAACCACAAGCUCUUCAGAGGUAACGGACCAUAAUCCAGAAUCUGAAGCUGAAGCAGAGCCAGUGGAGCAUGGAAAUGUAACCAGUGAAGCAUUUAUACUACCUCUGCCUGACAGCAUCUCCACACUCCAUACAGCUGGAGACUGCAUACAAAUGAAAGACACUUCAGUAACUACAGACCCAAAACAAGAUUCGUCUCUUGACAUCAGUAGUCAGCAGGACAAUACGGAGUCCAUACCUAUGGACUGUGACUCUCCUGCUUCAGAGAACACUUCUCUUGCUGCUGAGAUGGUGCUGGAAAUCAACAGUGCUGUUGCUGAACCCCAGAUAUUAUCUGCUGACCAAAUCCUCAUUCAGGAUAGAGAGCAGAAGAUUGAGGUACACAAUAAGAGUGAGCCUGCCAAGGACCAGACCUCUUCAAACAAGAGAGAUGGUCGGCAACGCAAGUCUCGAUUCCACUCCCCCACAACCACCUGGUCCCCUAAAAGCGAGUCCAAAAAUGAAGGCUCACGGAGGUCACGAUCCAGGGAUCGUAGCCGAAAUGCUAGUUCACCGCACAGAAGUCGUGGCCGUGAACACGAGGAGGAGCGAGGUGGCUUCAGACGGAAUCGCAGCAGAGAGAGACGGAGCAAGAGACGGUCUCGAAGUCGGUCCAGAUCUCGCUCCAGAUCACGCUCAAGAUCCAGAAACCGACCAAAUCGGAGAAGCAUGUCUUCAGAACGCGGUGAUCAAAGGGCGCAGUCGCCACGGAAAAGAGACUCACGGGGAGGGGAAGGCUGGAGAUCUGGGCGUUCGUUUUUCAGCUCCAACAAGAGAAGCAAUUCAGAUAGACCAUUUUCAGCAAGGGAGUUCAACUCUUCGGGUAACGGCAGCCUCUAUCCUCCAGAGACCUCACCGGACAGAGGUCAGUCAGAAAACCCACAGUGGGUAAAGGAAAGGUCAUGGCUUAAUACUGACAGCAGGGAACAUGAUCAGCACUUGGAGGAGAAAUCUGGUGAUGCAUCUACAGACUAUUGGCCUCGAGGGGGCUGGGGCUCUGAGCAAGAACGUCCUGCUGGACGGGGUCGAGCCAAUCAGCGGUCCUAUGGUCAGUAUGGUGAAUCGUCAGAAAACUGGCGACAACGUAGCUCUUUCUCAGGGACAACAAACACAGGGAGUGACUCCUACAGUCAGUUCAAAGAGAACAGACCAGGAGGUAAAAGAAAAGAGCCCGAGACCUCCGAUACACUUCUUGACCGAUCUGGAUGGUCUGCUGCUUCCAGCUGGGCAGUGCGCCGAACUCUCCCUGCUGAUGUACAAAACUACUACUCAAGAAGGGAAAGAGGGCCUGGUGGCAGCAUCUGGAACAAACAAGAGGACGAGCAGCCUGCAGCUGGAAUCUCCAAACAAACUGAUCUCCCACAGAGUGAGCCGAACACCCAUAUACCCAACGAAGCAGUACCUGCACCUCCCAGUGUUCUUCCACACCAGAUUAACAUGCUCGGAGUGCUGCGCUAUCCAGUGGGCUCUAUAGGAUCUCGAGGCCCUUCUGUCACUGUCCAGCCGGCCCAGUUUGCCAUUCCCACACAGAUACCUGUCCACCUGCACCCACCUGGCCCCACUCUUCAGAUGCACACAAUGGCUGUACAGGGUCUGCCUCCGCCUCCUCCACCGCCUCCUCCUCUACAGCAAGGCAGCCUUACUGUCUUGCCCACUGACCCUGUUCCUCAGGUAAUAAGUUUGCCAGGAAAAGGUCCAGUGAAAGCUUCACCAAAUAAGGCUCAUCUUACCAACACAUCGAGUGUAGCACAGCCCUCUUCCACCACACAGUCCUCGUCUCACAGCAAAGCCCAUGCAGACAGUUCCAAGAAAGAGAAGAAAUUACAGAUUCAGGAAAAAGCCAUCGCUGAAGUGAAAGCAGCCAUCAAGCCAUAUUACCAAAAGAAGGAUAUCACCAAGGAGGAGUACAAAGAAAUUGUACGCAAAGCUGUAGAAAAAGUCUGCCACAGCAAGAGCGGAGAAGUCAACACCAAUAAAGUGGCCAACCUCGUCAAAGCCUACGUUGACAAGUACAAACACGGUCGCAAGAACAAAACGGACAAGAACUGAUUAAGAUGCCGCUCUGCUGCCCGCACAAGUGCAAUUCCUCCACAGGAGCCCGUGUUCCACCGGCCUUUACGGCUGGAGCUUCUUUUCAUACCUGAGAAAGAGUAAUGAAGAUUUUUCUAUAGAUUGCAUUAUUUUUGUUUCAUUUGGAUUUCAUAUAGUGCAAACUGCCCUUUAAUUGCUUUAUCUGUUGUUCUGGUGGGGCUGCUAAACUAUCGCUGAGGGGUGGCGCUCAAAGGUCACAUUUUACUCAAGAAAAAUCAUUGUCAGGUUUUUUUUUUGUUUAUUUUUUAAAUCACGUUUCUGGCUGUUUUCCAGUCUGUGGCAUUGCUGUAAGUGAUUUAAUCAACUGAACAGGGUGGUACUUCUGUAUCUUACUUGUUCUCCAUCCAUUCAGCUCUCUCUCUCUCACAGUGUCAAGGACUUUAAUGAUGUAAUAGCAUUCAAAUUCUUUACUUUUCUACUCAACAUAAUCUUAAUCCUCAAUAAAUGUCCACUGACAAUGUGAUUUUUUUUUUUUUGCUAUCAGUGCAGCUGGAGAUUUGUUUCUAUGUGAAUCUUGGACAUUAGGUGCAGGGAGCCUGUUCACAGAUUUUUCAAUUAAAAUAUGAACAGAGCUGUUUUAGUUGGGGAUUAAUGCCCCUUAUAGUGCUUUCUGUAGUGCACAAAUGUAUUUAUUUACCUCCCAGAGCAAAAAAAAGAAAAAGAAAAAAGAAAUAAACAAGCUCUCUGUUCCCA